GUAUAUUCCGCGCUCAGGCAUCCGCCGUAACACAACAAACCAAACACGAACGCCCGCCGCAGCGCAGAUUCAAAUUAUUUCUCUCCUAAAUAACCUGACAGGCCGACAUAUUGUGCAUUGCACCGUCUAACUAUACCUACGUAAAUAUACGCCAUCUCUUACCGCGCCAUUCACCGCCGCCGUCAGCGCCGUUUAGUAAUACAAAAAUAUCUAUAGAUACAAGUAUAUUCGCUCGACUUGAACGGACUUAGAUAAAUAGCAGAGAUCAGCGCCAGCAUCGUUCAAACACUUCGUCAUCGUCAAGUUCUAGAGAUAGAUAUUUUACGGCAUAGAUCAAGCAUCGUUUUGCUCUCGAGAUUUCUUCAGUCGCAAGUUGGAAAUCGCCUCGAUCGGUUUUGUAACGCCUUUGAUCGCCAUCCCUAUAAAAGAUCGCAGUUUUUAUUUUUUACAACUUCAACAUCGCUCCGUUCACUCAGCAAACGAUUCAUCACUUCUCACAAACGGGAACAGAAAUGCACAUUCAUCCAAGUUCACCCAAUUCAUCGCCAAGUGAGGAAAACGCAGCCAUCAAAAUCCAAGCCGGUUUCAGAGGAUAUCGCGUCCGCAAACAACUUCGCCGUCAAAGACCAUCCAACGGAUAUUAUCGAGCCAUUCAAAAUAUGACCACCAAUAACGGUAACGCGGCCCAUUUGCGCGAUGAACGCAGCAGCGGAAGUGAGGGUUCAUCCGUUGAAGACAAAUGUGCAACCAAAAUCCAAGCCAACGUUCGAGGAUUUCUCGUACGAAAGAAGCAAAAAAUGGCAACUGACGCCGCUACCAAAAUCCAGGCAAGCUUUCGAGGAUUCAAGGCACGCAAGGAAGCCCAAAAGCUGCGACAGAAAUAGAAAAUACAAACGGCAUUUCGUUCUAAAUUAAGUAUGGCUUCUUUAUGGAAGUCAAUUGUUGCAAGGUAUGGAAGUUUGUGCAGUGCGAGUGAACAAAAUAAAUUAUAGGCAGUGAUUAAAAACUAACAUAGAUAAACUAUAAUUAACAUAUGAUUAAGUGUUAAAUCAAACAAACAACAAACAAAAUGUAAGAUGUUAAACAAAAUUAAGUAUUUUUAAAUUAUAUAGAUCUUCUGAUAUUGAAAAGCUGUUAAUCGCAAGGUGCUAAGUUUUAUUUUAUUUGUUUAUAAAUACAUCAACAAUUUAUGCAAAACGCGAUGAUUUCAAUUAAAGUUAAUUUUUGUUUUGUCAUAUUAAAGAAAAGAUAAGUAAAUAAUUGAAGACGGUUAUGGUAAAAACAAACAAAAGAAUGAACAAAUAUUCCUUUAGAUUUAAAAUUAAAUUAUAAGCAAAAGUAAAACAAAAACAAGUGUAAUACAAUAUUAUCUUAGAAUUUAAGAAUAAUUAAAUAUAGAAAAAUGUUAAAAAA